GAGGAAUCCCCCACAAGGUCCAAAGAUUGAUCCUCAGUUUGAAAAACGUGGAGAGGGAGGGAGAGAUGGUUUCGGAGUCUGAGAACGAGGAUCCUCGAAGAUCUACUCCGAAACUCUCCUUAUUGUCGCUCCCGAACCACCGGCGUGACCCCUCGGACAUGCCCGACCCACCGCUCCAAACCUCGAUUUCGAUACCGUUUGAGUGGGAGGAAGUGCCGGGCAAGCCUAAACGGCCCAAUGACUGGUCCAAGCCCCGUGUGAUCGCGAGCCCACCGUGUCUUGAGCCGCCUCCAAGGCUGUGGGACGAGGACAAGUUUACCAAUACGCCCUCCCCGACAAGCGUGCUCGAUGGGCCUUGCAUGGGUCGGCGCUCGGCUCAGACGUUCUCGUUCAGGAAGAUAGGAGGGUCUUUCAGGAGCCCGGAGAAAAGGGGAAAGAGAGAGGCGAAGGAGAGGGUGUCGAUUUUUGGGUCAAUGAGAUGGGGAAUUCUAAGGGAGAAAGUAGACGCUGUUGAGGGUAUUUCUGAGUUUUCAUCUUCAUUCCGUGGAGCUAGGAGUGGUGGCGACGGCGACGGGGACGGCAAUGGCGGGGAUUGUUAUUCACAUGCCGACACAAGGAGGAGGAGAGGGGGCUUCAUAGGUCGAUCUCAAUCAAAGUCACAUUUGUGGGCAACACUCUGUGAAAACUUUAAGCAGGUGGUUCCAUGGAGGCGGAAGCAAGAGACUUACGAGAAAGUGUAAAAUGUCAAACCAUUCUCAUCUUUCCGCUCAACCGGAUUGGGAUGGUCAUCUUUUCGUGGCAACGCUUUGUUCUUUCUAGACCAUCAGGGAACUUGUAUAGAUAUAAAUUCUUAUGUUACAAUAUGGGAUGGUUGAAAGAUAAGUAGUGAAUCUUUCUUUCUUU